ACAUUAAUGUUUCAGAACAACCUUCUGUGAAAUCAAAAUAGUCUGUUUAACAGUGUUUUUACCAGUGUAAUUUCAGAGAUGAGCUAUUCACCUGCACUAGUCAAUCCACUGAAAAAGAGUUUGUUUUGGUCAUCAUUAAUCACAGUCUGAGCAUUUGCUUGGAGUAGCGGUCCUUCUGUUGACGGCUUCCAUAGCAACUGUAUAUCAAUACCCUUAACCACGCCCCUCUCACCAUUAGUUUGCUAUGAGGGAAUGAUACACAAGAGAAAGCCCCGCCCCCUAAUAUUCCCUUUUAGUACUUUAACAAAUAAAGUCGCAGCAUCUUCUGGAACACUCGGACUCUAAUGAUGUCUUGCUGAUAUGACCAUGACUCUGAAUGAGCCUGUGAGCUGGGAGGUUUGUUGGAGCGCCAGUCCCCUCUAAAUCCCCCGUUCAGGAAGGCUGGUGUGUUCUGCUGAUGCCGGUGUCCUGCUGCGGGACGCUCCAUCACGGCUCCUCACCCCGGAGAAUGGCCCACAGCCGGACCGCAGCCGGCACAUGUCUGACCCAGCCGUGCCCCUCGGCGGGCCUGAAGAUCAGUCUGGAAGGAGUGGAGGAGCGGGACGAGGAGCCGGAGGAUGAAGGGGAGGACCUGCGGGACGGUGGAGUGCCCUUCAUCAUUAACAGGGGCGGCCUGCCUGUAAACGAGGAGACCUGGGAGCAGAUGUGGAGGCAUGUGGCCCGCAUACACCCCGACGGAGAACAGCUGGCCCGGAGAAUACGGGGAACCCGAGACCUGCCCAAGAUUCCAGUACCAAGUGUGCCUACAUUCCAGCCCAGCAUCAGUAUUGCCCACCGCCUGGAAGCCAUACAGAAAUACAUCAGGGACUUGCAAUACAAUCACACUGGAACACAGUUCUUCGAGAUCAAGAAGAGCCGGCCGCUCACAGCAUUAAUGGACAUUGCCAAGGAAAUGACCAGAGAAUCUCUGCCAAUCAAGUGUUUGGAGGCUGUUAUCCUUGGAAUUUACCUCACCAACAGCAUGCCGAGCGUGGAGCGCUUUCCUCUCAGCUUUAAAACUCAGUUCUCAGGGAGUCACUUCCGUCACAUCGUGCUGGGCGUUCACAGCGGCGGUCGCUUCGGCGCUCUGGGCAUCAGCCGCCGCCAGGACCUGAUGUACAAAUCACUGCAGUACAAAACACUGAGCGACCUGCUGCUGGACUUCCAGGAGGCGUACCGCGGCCACUGGCACACGCUCUGCAGGGUCAGGAUCGGCCAUUACGUGUCCCACGACCCACACAGCGUAGAGCAGAUCGAGUGGAAGCAUUCGGUGCUGGAUGUAGAUAAACUGACCAGAGAAGAGCUGAGGAAAGAGCUGGAGAGGCACACGCGGGACAUGAGGCUCAAGAUUGGUAAAGCAGCUCCGCCGUCGCCCUCUAAAGACAGAAAGAAGGAUGUUGGUUCUCCUCUGAGGAACCCGGGCAGCCCAAUGCGCAAGAACAGCCAGAGCGACAGACGGCCAUCAGUAGAGAAGCGGCCCGCAUCAGCAGGACCCGCAGCCGAUGUGAACGGGUACCAGAUCAGGGUGUGAGAGAUUCAGCAACACCCACGAGACGGACUGGAAAAGCAUGGGGUUUCACAGAGAAUGUGCUCACUUCCUAGGGUAGACAUGAACACACUUCUCCUUGAGUGGAGUAGACGCGUCAUGAACAGUGCAUCAUCUCUAUAUUGAUUUCUGCAUCACGCUUGUCGUCACAUGUAUUCUGUAAAUACAGCGCAGUUAACCUUUAACUCUACUAGACACUAAUGUAGUCCGUUUACUGUGCCUUUGAUCAGAUUUGACUCUUCUUUAGGCUUUUGUCUUCCGGUACAAGCACUUAAAUGAAGAUACAGGAGGAGCUC